AUGGCCCUUCGCUUUAAUGAUGGUGAGUUCUGUUUGGAUUUGUGUUUUUGUUCCGCUUUUAGGUUUGAAUUUGAUGUCCGGAAGGUGAGGGUGCUGCUUUGAAGGUUAAUUCGUUUUGGUUUUGGUGGAAACAAAUUUUAGAGUUUGAACAUAGUCUGUUCUUGCUCUCCAAAAAAUUUCAGUUAAUAGAAGAAUGAGAAAGGCAAGGAAUUAUUCAUUUACCUUAAUUUAGGUCUGCAAAACCUAAAUUUGGUCGAAAAACUUAUUUUUCUCGCUUAAAUUAUCCUGAAAUCUCUUAGAGGAGCUGGAGUAUGAUCUUUUGAUCACCUCUGCUUUAGAUUUGGUGUGUCUUUAUUAUUUUUGAACAGGUUUAUAAUAAUUUUUCUGCUGCCUAGUACAAUAUUGGGGGUUUUUGUUGGGAGACUUUUUGCAUCCCAAAUUUAUAGUGCGGUUUGACGUCCUCUUGGUUAACAAAACCCUAACACCACUAUAGUCGUUUAUUUGGACCACCUUUUACGUUACUUUAGUCAUUGACUUCCUCAAUUCCGUAGGUUUGCCAUUCCUUCCUUCUAGAAUUCAUGCCCAAUCAACUAGCCCAUGAUUAAUACGUUGUUUUUUAAUCGUUUGCAGUUUGCUCAUUGCCGUUCUUUAUGAUGCUGCUUUCGGCAGCUGUUUGGAAGAAAUCUUUGUUGGUGUUUUUUUUUCGUCCCGAGCUCAAAAAACGUUGGAAUGUUCGCGGUUUGGGCCGAGUCAGAAUUUAGCAAGUUCAAAAGUUGAAACGAGUCUAACAAGAGGGACGAAAGGCGGUUGGGGAGGUCUGACGUUUUGUAAAUUUUGUGGGAAAUGAUGAAAAUUGAUGGGUAUUUGGUGGGAAUUGGCCUGACGAAGGAUGUUUUUGGUAUUUUGAGAGUAGAAAUAUGACGGCCAAGGAGAUGGAAUUGCAAAUUUUUGAAUUAUGAAGAAAUCUUUAUAUUGCACUAGGCAUCUGACCAAAAAUUUUAUUUUUUAUAAUUUUUUUCUUGUUGAUACCUGAAAUUAGGUUCGAAAUGAUGAGUGAUGAUUUUAUUUUACUAUUAGACAUUUGUAAUGCUAUUUACUACUCGAUUUUCCCCCAAAUUUCCGGAUCUUUUACGAAAAAGUUCCAUAAAAAAGACGUAAAAUGGGGAAAAAACUUUGUGCCCUGAUCACUUAUGUUUUGAUCAAAAAGCGAAGACGGAAGUGGCCUAGUGCAAAUUAAUCGCCCAUCCGACAAUCGUCUGGCCCCCACUUGAAUCGGAAGAGAUUUUCCCAGAUUCCGUUGAUUUUUUCAUAGACAAUUUAUGGAAAAGGUCUUCGAAACGAUGGUUUUGGUUUUUAUAAUUAGUUGAGAAUGUAAAAUAACGAAAUUUGGGAUUGUUUGACGGGGUAAAAUACGGAAUUUGUUGCUUCCUGUAAAUUGGAUAGAGGGCAAAGAAAGUCAAAAAUAUGUUUUCAAUAUUUGUGGGAUGUCCUGAGGGCCAAGAAAGUCUUUUUACGAAUUUUCAAGCAAUUUUUUGUUGGAAAAAUCAUAUUUUUUUAAAUUUUUAAAAUGAAAAAAUUGGCUUCGUGGAAAUUGGACAGAGUGAAACUCGACAGAAAUAAGUUGGACAGUUUGUGGAAAUUGGGCAGAGAGAAAUUGAACAGAGUGAAAUUGGACAGAUUUUUUAAUGCAAAAAAUAAUCGCCAUUGGACCUGAUCCUAUGGCAAAAAACGUACCAUUUUGCAUCCAGGAAGCAUCAAAAAAAUGUGGCAAAGUACCUCCCUCUUCAAGUGAAAAAAACUCAGAUUUCAAAAGCGCGCCCGCUCUUUUUGCGAGGAAAAGACUUCAAAACGAAUUUUUUUCACUUAAAGAGGGAUACAUUUUGCCACAUUUUUGAUACUUCCCGGAUACAAAAUGCUACGUUUUUUGCCACUGUAUCAGGUCCCCCAUUGUAAAUAGUGACAUUUCGUACGAUUGCAGUGAAAAAGUCUGUCCAAUUUUCACACUGCCCAAUUUACUUCUGUCGGAAUUUCACUCUGUCCAAUUUCCAUAAAGCCCAUUUUUACAAGUAGUAUACAAUUGCUAUCUCUGGCGCACCCACACCCAACAACCAACCCUCUAAUUUACUACCAAAUAUUAAGCAAACAGCCCCAUAAUUACUAAAAAAUACACAAAUUAACCCCAUUUUUUCACUAUCACCCAGGACCACCCACUUGCGCCAGAAAUAUCACCCAACAAACUGCGCCAGAAAUUCAACUAUCUAUUUCGUAUAAUUUUAUGGCUAAAUUACUAGAAGAAUUCAUUUAAAUUUUUACUUUUUUUGUGCACUUUCCAUUACUUAGCGUAGCGCACUUCAUCACCCAUUUGCGUUAGAAAUUGAUAAAAUGUAGUACCUAAUUGUUUAUUAAAUAAAAAUUUCUAUGAAAGGACGGUUCGCUUUUUAUUUAUUCACGUAUUUAGUAUAUUUUGAAAUAAAACUUUUUAACACGCAUUUAAAACAGGGCGCUUUUCGUGCUUGGCGUUUUGUUUCAGCUUUAUUCAAAAAAUUUUUGCAUGCUACGUUCUGCUUUUCCAUACCAAACGUUUUUGCUCGUUUGCUAAAAGCAAUUAAAAUUCAUUGUUUUCAGAUUUGUCUCUCAAAAUGGCUCAAUCGAUCCGCAUCAAGAUGAUGGACGAGGAAGAGAACGUGGCAGUGUCCGGGAAUAUCAUCACCGAAAGCUCCAUCAGACACGCUUUUCUUCUUCCACCGGACGCAGUUGUGAAGUUGUCAUAUGGGUCCAAUGGCAUACAGACUAAUUGCAGGUAAUUUACAUUUUGUGUUACUCUUGACUAUAUUUCAAUUAAUUUAGGACGGAUGCAGCCGGAACAUCCUUUUUGCUUCCGGAUGGCUGGUCGACUAUGCAAUUUUUCGCUCGAUCAGCCACACCGAUGUAUAGAGCCUUGAAUGAACGUCCGACAAGUCCGUAUUACCCUGCAUGUAAGAUUUAAUUUAGAUUUAUAUUGCACAUUUAUUUUCUCUUUUUUAGUGCCGCCAAAUCCUGCUCCAACGUCAGAGGCUGUCAUCAAGUGGAUGUUCUUUCUGCCAGAUCAAAUGGGAAAAUCGGCUACAAUUUGCGUCCACCCGCGGUUUUUCGUAACUUUUAGGCACGGAACACAUCUUCGGUUGAAGGUUGGCGACGCAUUGACGAUGUAUACUGCGGAAAAAGAGGCCAACGAACAAGUCGGAAUCGACGUUUGUGUGGUCAAUGUCAAUGAAGAACUUGAUUUUGUUUUGCUCAAGAGCAAAUCCGAUGUGGUCGAGGCAAGAUCUUAAAAUUUAUCUUAUAUUUUGUUGUUAAUUUACGCAUUUUUUAGCGAGGACCUUCAAUUGCACGAGCUCAAGAAUCGGAACCGUUUACUUUGGCCGGGUUCGGCAAUGAACAAGGAAGUCUUUCGUGUUUGCCCGGAGAAAUUCAUUCCUGUCGCGAGUAUUAUUUUAGAGGAGAUGUUCAACAAUUGGGUCCGUUUAUUUUGGGCACUAGUCGAAGUUCAAGAGGAGAUUCAGGUAAAAAUGAUUAUAUUCUUUGAUCAAUUAAAAACUAAACUUUUAGGCGGCGGUAUUUGGGGAUCGCGUGGACUGAUUGGAAUGAAUCACGGCUGUACGACAAUGCCACCGCAACUUCAUCAUCUGGCAAUCUCUGAGGCGGCAACUUUCAGUGCGAAGAAUAUCAUUAUUCCGGCUUGUUGGUUCAAAUAUGCUUAUAUGGUAUACUUUAUUUAAUACUAAUUUAUCUAACAAUAUUUUGUUCAGGAGGAACUUGAAAAAGAACGCAAAAAGGAAAAAGUGGCUUCGCCUCCGCAGAAGAAACCUUGCCUUCAGACCGAGGUUGAAGGACUUGGCACUUUCUAUGGAAGUUCAGAUUAA